GGCGCGGAUCGAUCGUCAGAGAGGCGACGGGAGGAGAGGAGAUCAGGGGGUCGCCGGCGCAGCAGAUCGGGGCGGCGGAUUUGGGGGAGGAGCGGCGAUGGAUGAGGAGUACGACGUGAUCGUGCUGGGGACGGGGCUCAAGGAGUGCAUCCUCAGCGGCCUCCUCUCCGUCGAUGGCCUCAAGGUUCUUCACAUGGACAGGAACGAUUACUAUGGAGGAGAAUCUACAUCCCUUAAUCUCACUAAGCUCUGGAAGAGAUUCAAGGGCAACGAAAACACUCCUGAACAUCUGGGUGUCAGCAAGGAGUACAAUGUUGACAUGGUUCCCAAGUUCAUGAUGGCCAACGGUGCACUGGUCCGUGUACUGAUCCACACGAGCGUGACGAAGUAUCUGAACUUCAAGGCCGUCGAUGGCAGCUUCGUUUACAACAAUGGCAAGAUCCAUAAAGUUCCUGCAACUGAUGUUGAGGCCUUGAAAUCUAACCUAAUGGGACUGUUUGAAAAGCGCCGCGCCAGGAAAUUCUUCAUAUACGUGCAGGAUUAUGAAGAGGAUGAUCCAAAGUCACACGAAGGCCUGGAUCUGCACAAGGUCACGACAAGAGAAGUCAUCUCCAAGUAUGGCCUUGAGGAUGACACAGUUGACUUUAUUGGGCAUGCGUUGGCACUUCACCGGGAUGACAACUAUCUCGAUGAACCUGCAAUUGACACUGUGAAAAGAAUGAAGCUCUAUGCAGAAUCACUAGCGCGUUUUCAAGGAGGAUCACCUUAUAUUUAUCCUCUGUAUGGGUUAGGAGAGCUUCCUCAGGCCUUUGCUCGUUUGAGUGCUGUUUACGGUGGCACAUACAUGCUAAGCAAAGCAGAAUGCAAGGUCGAGUUUGAUGAGAAUGGGAAAGCAUACGGUGUCACUUCUGAGGGGGAGACCGCAAAAUGCAAGAAGGUUGUUUGUGAUCCUUCGUACUUGCCUGAUAAGGUCAAGAAGGUUGGAAGGGUGGCGCGUGCAAUAUGCAUAAUGAAGCAUCCAAUUCCUGAUACCAAGGAUUCUCACUCUGUGCAGAUCAUCCUCCCAAAGAAGCAGCUGAAGCGCAAAUCAGACAUGUACGUGUUCUGUUGCUCAUAUGCUCACAACGUCGCACCAAAGGGCAAGUUCAUCGCUUUUGUUUCGACGGAAGCAGAGACUGACAAGCCCGAGAUCGAGUUGAAACCUGGGAUCGAUCUUCUUGGACCUGUAGAGGAAACAUUUUUUGACAUCUAUGACCGAUACGUACCUGCUAAUGCUUCUGAGGACGACAAUUGCUUCGUGACAAAUAGCUACGACGCGACCACUCAUUUUGAGACAACGGUGAAGGAUGUGCUCGGAUUGUACAGCAAGAUCACUGGGAAGGAGCUUGAUCUUUCUGUGGAUCUGAAUGCCGCUAGUGCUGGUGAACCUGAAGCGGCCUGAGUGAUAGCUACUUCCAAUUCUUUUUAUUCUUUCAUAGAUGAUCUGUUAAAUUAAACCACUUCUUGUGGCUAUUCAAGUUCCAUUUGACCUUACUGUAACAAAGUACACUCUCAUGGAUUUACAUAUACUUUAAAUAAUCUUCAAAUAUUGUUUCUACUGAGAGUACA